AGCGCGGGGCGGGCGGACCCGCGGGCGGCGGGCGGCGCGGGAGAGCGGGCGGGCGGAGGGAGCCAGGGCGGCUGGAGUGUGUGCGCCGCCCGCGGUCCGAUCACGUCCCCGCACGGGCGCUGCCACCCGCGUCGUGCGGAUCGAGGGCGCCACGGCCCGCGCUCACUACCCCGCCCGCCCGCGCCGCCCGCAGCAGCUCGGCGGAUGCUCGGUGCUGCGGCCCAGAGGUGAAGGGCAGAUGCCCGAGGCAGGGGGGCCGCAGGGAGAACCCGCGGCCGAGGCCCUGGCGGCAGGCCUUCCAGCCUCGCUCAGCAGCAUCGCCACAGCCACCGGGGACCAGACUGCCACAGCCUAGGCAGAGGCGAGCGGACCGCUUCCCACCACCAGGAGGACAGGAAAUGACUGCUGUGCUUCAGGCCAGGUGGCAGCCCGGGGCGGGGGAGUGUCGCUAGAGGGAGGGCCCCGCCCCUCCCGCAGCCGGAGCGCCAUGCCAGCUGCAGAAGAGGCGCUGGGGCAGGGGCUGCAGCGGGGCCCGGCCUCGCCCCGCCACCUGCACUGAGCACCCAAGGGCCGCGGGCACACCGCCCGAGUGAGUCUCAGCAUCCCGGCCCCUCGGGGCAGAGGGAGAGGCACCCGUCCCGCGCUCCUGUCCCCGCCGCCGCCGCUGCCAGACCAUGGGAUGUCGGCAAAGCUCGGAGGAGAAAGAGGCGGCACGUCGGUCCCGGCGCAUCGACCGGCACCUGCGCUCGGAGAGCCAGCGGCAGCGGCGCGAGAUCAAGCUGCUCCUGCUGGGCACCAGCAACUCGGGCAAGAGCACCAUCGUCAAGCAGAUGAAGAUCAUCCACAGCGGCGGCUUCAACCUGGAGGCCUGCAAGGAGUACAAGCCGCUCAUCCUCUACAACGCCAUCGACUCGCUCACCCGCAUCAUCCGCGCCCUGGCCGCGCUCAAGAUCGACUUCCACAACCCCGACCGCGCCUACGACGCCGUGCAGCUGUUCGCGCUGACCGGCCCGGCCGAGAGCAAGGGCGAGAUCACGCCCGAGCUGCUGGGCGUCAUGCGGCGGCUGUGGGCCGACCCCGGCGCGCAGACCUGCUUCGGCCGCUCCAACGAGUACCACCUGGAGGACAACGCGGCCUACUACCUGAACGACCUGGAGCGCAUCGCCGCGCCCGACUACAUCCCCACCGUGGAGGACAUCCUGCGCUCCCGGGACAUGACCACGGGCAUCGUGGAGAACAAGUUCACCUUCAAGGAGCUCACCUUCAAGAUGGUGGACGUGGGCGGGCAGCGGUCCGAGCGCAAAAAGUGGAUCCACUGCUUCGAGGGGGUCACGGCCAUCAUCUUCUGCGUGGAGCUUAGCGGCUACGACCUGAAGCUGUACGAGGACAACCAGACGAGCCGGAUGGCGGAGAGCCUGCGCCUCUUCGACUCCAUCUGCAACAACAACUGGUUCAUCAACACGUCCCUCAUCCUGUUCCUGAACAAGAAGGACCUGCUGGCCGAGAAGAUCCGGCGCAUCCCGCUCACCGUCUGCUUCCCCGAGUACAAGGGCCAGAACACCUACGAGGAGGCGGCCGUCUACAUCCAGCGGCAGUUCGAGGACCUGAACCGCAACAAGGAGACCAAGGAGAUCUACUCCCACUUCACCUGCGCCACCGACACCAGUAACAUCCAGUUCGUCUUCGACGCCGUGACCGACGUCAUCAUUCAGAACAACCUCAAGUACAUAGGCCUUUGCUGAGGGGCGGCCAGCCCGCCCGCCUGUGACGGAACCCCAGGGGGGCCCGCCCCAGCCCAGGGCCAGAAAACGGGGCCUGGAGAACGUCCCCCCGCCCCGCCCCUCCGCCUCCGUGGCCCCCACAUUUCCACAAACAUAACCAUAUACGGAUAGGUUGCUAGGUAGGUAGACACACACGCACGCACACACACACAGUCGAGACAGCGAAGCGUCCCCAGGCGUCGGGGUCUCUUGGAGAUUUGAGGCGCUGUCACACGUUCCCCAAGGCCCUUCCCCCUGCCUGAGUUGGCCCCACUCUGCAUGGGGUCCCCCCCGCACCGUGGGACUGCGGGGGAGGCUUUGGGGCCACCUGGAGGCCCGCUGCACCCUAGAACAGGGAUCUGUCGCUGACCAGGAGGGAGGACCAGGGAGGGUCCGAGCUCCUUCCGCUGGACACGCCCACCCUGGCCACCGGGGACCGCGCUCUGUGCCUGGAACCGGGGUGCGAGGCCAGCCGGGCGCCAGCCAGCCCUCCCGCCACUCGCAGCUCUUUUUAAACAGCUUCAACGUGUGCAGCGAACGUCCACACAGCAGCACGAGUGGCGCGACCUGUUUCCGGCGAGGCCAGCUGGGGUCCAGCUUUCCUUCUCCUUGUCCGGUGUUUUCUAAACCUGGGAUUUCUUCUCUGACUUUUUUUUUUUUUUUUUUUUUUUUUUUGCCAAACCUCGUGGUGUUUUGCAGGAAAAAACAGACAAUUUCAAACGCAGUCGAGUAUUCUUUUUUUAAAGCGCGGGUCUUCGGGACCUGUUUUUUUUCAGGUGGUCCUUUUCGUGUCUGGCUUGCCGAGUGUCACAGUUGUUACCCGGACGGGUCUGUCCCCUGCUCCUGUUCCUGGUGCGGUUUCUGCUUCGUUUUUGUUUCAGAAAAUUCCAUGUGACGUAUUUAAAGAAGGUUCUUCACGUCGGGGCGAGUGGACAAUAGCUGGCGGUCUUGGUGGUGACGGAGGAAGUCCUCUGGCUUUGCAAGGAGAGGAAGGGGAGGCGGGAGAUGGGCCCUGGCCGCCCGCGCCUGUGGCUGAGAGCAGCUCUGCCUCCUGUGAAGGCUCAGCCAGCCUUGUAGCCUGAGGGAGGCCCUGCUGGGACCCCAGCCCCAGGCCCGUGGCACCUGCCACUGUGGAAGGACCUUGGCCGCGGAUCGCGUGUAAAUACGAACCCCGGCGGCCACCGAGAGGGAAGGCGCCCCGAGACCUCGCCAGAGCUCCUCUCUCUGCCUCUGUUCGGUACCGUGCGCCCGAGGUCGGGCGCAGAAGCACAGCCAAGGACUUGGGAGAUGUGCAGAGGGCUGCGGGCCGGUGUGGUGUGGAAGUCAAAGAUUGUCUACUUUCAGAAAAUAAAAUAUCCCGAACGA